GGAAGAAUGACUGCAGAAAACCACCUGGCAACUAACCUGUUCCGGGACACAAGUUUUCUUCACCAGCUCUCGCAUGAAUCACUAACCCUCUUUGGAUUUGUAUACAUUCCCUGCCAGAGUGUGGUAGUUUAACGAAGAUCAGCUGGUAACUUGGAUGAAGAAUGGAGGAUUGCUGCAAGUCUGCUGAGGAGCAGGACAGACUGAGGAUCCACAGAGAGAUAGAGAGACAACUCCGCCGGGAUAAGAAUGACUUUCACCGGGAACUCAAACUACUCCUCUUAGGGGCUGGUGAAAGUGGGAAAAGCACCUUCAUCAAACAGAUGCGGAUCAUCCACGGCAAGGGAUACAGUGACGCGGACAAGAAAAGUUUCACCCGGCUGGUGUUUCAGAACAUCAUCACAGCCAUCAAGGCGCUCAUCGAGGCCAUGAAGACUCUCGAGAUCCCCUUUGUCGAUGACCAAAACAUCAACCUUGCACAGAAGUUGAGCCAAACGGAGGAAACCCACCUCUCGGUCCUGGAGCCCUGGCAGGUGGACGCCAUUAAAAGAGUUUGGAGUGACCACGGCAUCCAAACGGUCUACGACCGCAGGAGGGAGUUCCAGCUGUCAGACUCUGCCAAAUACUACCUGAGUGACAUGGACAGAAUCUCUGCGUCGGUUUACAUCCCCACCCUGCAGGACAUCUUGAGGGUCAGGGUCCCCACCACAGGCAUCAUCGAGUACCCCUUCGACCUGUCAAAGGUCAUCUUCAGGAUGGUGGAUGUGGGGGGGCAGCGUUCAGAGAGGAAGAAAUGGAUCCACUGUUUCGAGAAUGUCACCUCUAUCAUAUUCCUGGCGGCCCUCAGCGAGUACGAUCAGAGCCUCUACGAAAGCAAAACUGAUAACCGACUAAACGAGAGCCUGGCGCUGUUCAAGACGAUCCUCUCGUACCGCUGGUUUGAAGAGUCCUCCACCAUCCUCUUUCUGAACAAGACGGAUCUGCUGGUGGAGAAAAUAGCCCAGUCGCAUUUGGCAACCUACUUCCCAGAAUACACCGGGCCUCGAGGUGAUGCUGAGUCAGCCAAAAAGUUCAUCCUGAAGAUGUACGUGGAGCGGCACAGCGGGCGCCAUAAACCGCUCUACAACCACUUCACCUGCGCCACGGACACAGAGAAUAUCCGCGUCGUCUUCAAAGCGGUCAAGGACACGCUCCUCCGAGACAACCUUGAGAGGUUCAACCUGGAGUGAGGGGUGACCAAAAAGGAUGCUCUCCACUUCAGGAGCGUUAAUAACACAAACCCAGUCAGAAUCACCUGUUGUAACACCUUUUCUGCCAGUCCUGCCAGUACAACAUCAAACGGGGACAAACAGACAGUAGAUUCAACUGCGUUGCACAGAUUUCCACUUUCCUACACAGAAAAACCGGAUUUUUAUUCCAGCAGUUUUUCCUACAAAUGCUAAUAUAAACACAUUUUCUACUGCAACAGGAGAAAUGUGGACAAAUCACAACUGUUAUAUAAAUGUUUAAAUCAUUAGAUGGUACCAAACCGGUUUAACAAAAGUGCUGUCAAGGAAAAAUGCAGCUCACCUCGCCUUGCAGCUCGGAGAGGAGGAAGUAAAAGGAUAGAACACAACUGUUGUACCUUUUUGUAGUUUUUUUAAAUCUCAAGCAACAACCAGUUUAUGUAAUGAUUUUCUUUUCUCCAAUGGUUUAAACAGAACCCCAUAUGUCGACACCACAUGUAACGUGUAUUUUUAAAUCAAAAUCGAUUGUAUCUUUUGUCUGUCUUGUCACGUAACUUUAUUUUAACAUUAAACUAUGUGUGUGUGUAUUAGAACAACGUCUCUGCAGCACAUCCUGAUCGGAACAGCGGCUACAUGGUACUGAUUAACAGAAGCGAUUGCCGUGCAGUGCCAGUGACCUUUGUACUAAACAGCGAGCACUGAUACGCUGGACUCCGUCUUCCUGUUUGAUUGAACAAAAAGGCGUUUCCAUGAAGUUAGAUCUGUGGACACAUGGAAAGGGAGAGUCUUCGGGUAAUAUUUUUUUUUUGUAUAGAUGUCUUUAUUGAGGGCAU